AUGAAAAAUUUUAUAAUUGAUGAAGAUCAGCAAUCAGAUUUUGAUAAAUAUUGCAGAAAGAUAAGUGAGAAAAUAAUAGGAAAUAAUUAUGUUAUAAAUACACCAUAUGGUAUUCGUCCAUUAAUAUAUUGUGAUUGGACUGCAUCUGGACGUUGUCUUUCAUUUAUUGAGGAGUCGAUAAUCCAAAAUAUAGCACCAUAUUAUGGUAAUACUCAUAGUAUAGCUUCUUAUAAUGCUAGACAAUCGACAUGGUACACAAUUGAAGCAAGAGAAUCAGUUAGACAAUUUGUAGGUGGUAAUCCAGAUGAUGCAGUAAUAUUUACUGGCUCAGGAACUACCGGUGCGAUUUCUAAAUUUUUAAAGUUAAUGAGUACUUCUAAAUGGAGUUCAGUCAUCUCCAGAUCAAACAAAUAUCAUAAUCUUAAUAAAAACAGAUGUAAAGAUCCAAAUGUUAAUCCUAAUUUAGAUUAUUUUUGCCAUAAUACACAUAUUUCUUUAAUGUCAUCCCAAGAUAGAUGGAGAUCAUAUAAGUGUAUUAUUUGUAAAACUCAAUACGAUACUGAAGCAGCUUUUAGACGUCAUUGUAACAAAGUUCACUCUGUACUGAAUAACCAGAAAAACAAGAGUGUCAUAGGUUAUAUGUCAUAUUUAAUAUGUUUUAUAGCUGAUUCAACAGCUCAUCAUUCUUUAUUAUUACCAUUUAGAGAUUAUGUAACUAGAUACAAAAGUGGUAUUGAUUAUGAUAGGUAUAAAAUAUUGUUUGAUUACUGUGAAAUUGGAAUACUGAAUUACAAAUUGGAUAUAGAAAAUUUAAGAAGAUAUUUGGAUAAAAUGGAAAAAGAUUAUCCAAAAAACUUUAUCCCUAUAAUAUUAAUAUCUGCAGGCUCUAAUUUGACAGGCAUAAUAAAUGAUUAUAUUAUUCUAUCCUCAUUAGUACAUCAAUAUGGAGGUAUUAGUGUAGUUGACUUUGCAGCAUUAGCUCCUCAUAUAGCUCCUAAUAUGUCUCCUCCCUUAAAUAUUAAUGGAUCCACAGAUGUUGGAGUAUUUUCACCUCAUAAAUUUUUAGGAGGACCAUCAACCCCAGGAGUACUAGUAAUUAAACGUGAUUUAUUAAUCACUGAAAAACCUGCAGAUCCAGGAGGAAAUUGUGUCUUUUUUGUAUCUUCUGAAAGACAUGAUUAUAUUCUUGAUCAAGAACAAAGAGAAGAAUCAGGUACAUUGGACUUACUAGGUAUAUGCCGUCUUGGGAUGAUGAUUAAAUUUGAGAUGCAUAUUACACAUAAAUUGAAACGUCAGAGAGAGAUAGAAUAUUAUAUGAAAAUAUUACGGAAAUUGUCUAAGUAUAAUAAAAACAAUACAGGCUCAAAGAUUAAAAUUUUAGGUAUUAAGGAUAUUUUGGGUAAUAAAUACAAUGAAAUAAUACAAGACGAAAAAUAUCAUAUAAAUAUUGAUGAAAUUAAAAUAUUACCAAUAAUUUCAUUUUUAAUUAAACCAUUUCCACCUGAAAUAUUCCAUUCAGCUAAUUAUGAAUUGGACUUAUCUGAGAAUAAGAAAGAAUCUGCUUUACCAAAUGAUUUGUCAAACGAUACAAUAUUAUUGAAAUUUUUGGCAAAAAAUAAGAAGUAUUUAAGAUAUAUUAAAAACCUAAGGCAUCAAUAUUUACAUUAUAAUUUCGUAUGUGCCUUGUUGAAUGAUAUUUUUGGUAUACAAUCCAGAGGCGGAUGUUCUUGUGCUGGUCCCUACUCACAAAAGCUACUUGGACUAAAUAAAGAAACUGUAUCAACCUUAUAUGAUGAGUUAGUUAUAAAAGGCAUUGAAUCUAUUAGACCCGGUUUUUCUAGAAUAUCAUUCCACUGGUCAGACUGUGAAGAGAAUAUUGAUUAUAUAAGUGAUGCUAUUAUUUGGAUUGCAAAAAAUGGCUGGAAAUUGCUUCCAUUAUAUGCAUUUGAAGAAUUUUAUGGAAUGUGGAGACAUAAAUCUGAAUGGAAGUCAUUGGAAAAUUUAUAUAGGGAAUGGCUUGAAGAUUCAAUUGGAGAUUAUUUCUUUGAAAAACCAAGAAUAUAUAAUAACAAAUCUAAUUUAGAGCUUAAUAAAGAAGUAGAAUCUAAUUCAUUUAAUCAAAUAUGUACAAAUUUACCAAAUAAUAAAUGUAAACCCUUAUUUUCAAGUGGUAACCAAAUAUUUGAACAGGCGGAUAAACUGAUCUCACAUAUAGAUCGUAUUAUUAAAAAUUAUAACGAUUAUAAAGAAGGUUUAAAUCCUUCUAGUAACAAAGUUGACGAAAUAAUCUUUAGAGAUAUUCAGCUUUAUCAUUAUUCACUGGAACAUAACGAUUAUAGAAUAAACCAAUUCGAAUUACAGUCAGAGUCUUCAUUAUUGUGGUUUUUAACUCCAAAGAUAAUUCAAUCCCUAAUAUUAUGUAUUCAGGACAGAAAUGUUGAUUUUAGUAUCUUUAAUAAUGAGAUUAAUCAACCAGUAAUAUCAACUGAAUAUGAAGAUUUAAAUACUUUUUCAGAAAGAGCCAAUCAUAAUUCUAAUGCUCUUAAUCAAGAAAUAGCAUAUAAAGUAGAAAAUGGUCAAACCAAUAAAAGUUGGUUAUAUGAAAAAUCUUAUUAUUAUCAAAAUGAGGAUUUAAGUUGUUGUAUCCCUAAUAUUAAUCCUAAUGAUGCAAGUUAUGAAACUGAGAAAUAUAAAUUUAUUAAUAAAGAUCUUUAUGAUUCUUGCCCAAAUAAUUUGAAUAAUAAUGAAAUGACUUUUCAUGGAACUCUAUCUCAAAUAGAUCACGAAAUUAUACAGGGAAUUGAAGAUAUUGGGAAUAAUAAAGAAAUCCAGAAAGUAUAUCUUAAUGAAGAUUCUGUGAAAUCUAACUCCUAUAAAUAUUCCUCAAAUAUGGAUAUUUGUGAUUUAGUAAUACCUGAUCCUUCAUCAUAUGGGAUUAUAAGAAAACAAGUUGGAAUAGCUAUUAAGACAUUUAAUAUGAUUAAACAAGGUGAUAGAAUUCUAGUUGGUGUGUCAGGAGGUAAAGAUUCUUUAACAAUGUUACAUACACUAUUACUAUUGCAGCGUAUUGCUCCAGUAAAAUUUUCAAUAGCAGCUGCUACUGUAGAUCCACAGACUAAAGAGAUGGAUGUAACCAGUUUAAAACCUUAUAUGAAUAGUUUAGGAAUUGAAUAUCACUUUUUAUCUUACCCUAUUGUUCAGUUAGCUUCUAAAUUAAAAUAUAAGCAACAAAAAUUAUCAUAUUGUUCAUUUUGUGCAAGGAUGAAACGUGGUAUUUUAUAUUCAUGUAUGAAAAAGUAUGAUUACAAUGUUUUAGCUCUUGGACAACAUACAGAUGAUAUUUGUGAGAGUUUUUUACUCUCGAUAAUACAUAAUGGAAAACUAAAUACAAUGAAAGCGAAUUAUCUUGUUCCUAAAUAUAAUAUACGUGUAAUAAGGCCUAUGAUAUAUUGUAGAGAAAAGGACUUAGAAAAAUUUGCACUAAGAUGGAAACUACCUGUAAUUACAGAAAAUUGUCCUGCCUGUUUUUCCCAAGCUAAAGAAAGAAGAAAAAUUAAACAACUACUUAGUCAAGAAGAAAUUGACCAUCCAAAUGUACAUUCUUCAAUAAUUAAAGCUUUGCAACCUUUAAUAUCACUUGAUAGAACUAAUUCAAAAUUUGAUGUGGAUAGUCUUAAUCUAAAAGAUUAA